AUGGAGACAGCAAAAGAAGCUAAAGUGAACCCUCGCACAGUGCUGAAGCACUUCGGCGAAAUACGGAUGCAGUUGCUGAUGGAGAUUAACAAUGAUUCACCGAUUGGAGGACCAGGUCUGACAGUUGAGAUAGUCGAGACCAAAAUCUCGACACAUAUGUCUUCUGAUGAAGAGGAAUUGCUCCAUGUAGAGCCAGGGUCAAAACGAAUGCAAGUAGUGGAAGAAAAUCAAAGCCGUGGGAUUAAAACGUAUGAAACCGCCGUUCACGAGGACAUUUUACCGGACGGGGACGACUGCAUUGAGGAAGAUGAUGAAGCAGUUGCUUGGGAAGGUGUAUAUAAUAUAUUCGAUACAAUGGAUUUGAAAGAUUGUCUUCGAUAUCUUGCGAUUUGGCACCAACUUCCCCGUUCGGCGGUCAAUUUGAUGCUGGCCAUCCUACGGAUGAAGCUGGAUUUAGAUCUUCCUAAAGAUGCGCGGACUUUGGUUAGAACACCUACCCAAGUGUCAAUCGACGGGCUGCCACUACACAAGGGUGGGCCAACUCAGCUUUGGCCUAUUCUUGUAAAGGUGGUAGAGUUGCCAAAGCUUCCGGUUAUGACGGUAGCCACAUUUAGUGGACCAUCAAAACCGGAAAGCAUCGAAGAAUUCUUGCGGCCGCUGGUGGAUGAAGCAAAUGAAAUUCACCGAGCAGGCUUGAUUGUUGGCGAUAAAACGUUGCAUUUUAGCAUUCGCAAUUUUGUCGCCGACUCACCAGCUCGUGCUUUAAUAAAAGCUACGACGAGCUUCACUGGAGUGCAUGGCUGUUUAAAGUGUUCUUGUGUUGGAGAAUACUUCACCCAGGGUAAGAAGGUUAUUUUCGAUGCCGUGGAUGCUCCCCUGCGUACGGACGCAGGAUUUCGGUCAAGAGUAUGUCCGGGCCACCAUAAAUCAUGGCGUUCGCCACUGGAAGACCUUCUACAGUUCGAUUUAAUUAAAAACGUUCCUGUUGGUGAACGACUUCAUUUAAUUGAUUUGGGGAUGACCGUUGGACGGAAAUUCAGGUGCGCGCGAUACGUGCACCUGAAGGAGCAUCGUUUCGCGCACCUGAAGGAGCUUCGUUUCACACACCCGAAUGAGUCACAUGAGGCCGAGGACUAUGGAACCGUGGACAACUUGAAUUUAUAA